AUGGAUACAGCCCUGAGUCUUGAAGUGACUUGGAAUGCUGUGCAGGGGUCGGGCUGGGAGGUAGAGGAGCAGCGGUCAGCAGUGUUCGUGAUCCUCUUUGCUCUCAUCACCAUCCUCAUCCUCUACAGCUCCAACAGUGCCAACGAGGUCUUCCAUUAUGGCUCCCUGCGCGGCCGCAGUCGCAGGCCUAUCAACCUCAAGAAGUGGAGCAUCACCGAUGGCUAUGUCCCCAUUCUGGGCAACAAGACACUGCCCUCCCGGUGCCACCAGUGUGUGAUUGUCACCAGCUCCAGCCACCUGCUGGGCACCAAGCUGGGUCCUGAGAUUGAACGGGCCGAGUGCACAAUCCGCAUGAAUGACGCGCCCACCACGGGCUACUCCGCAGAUGUGGGCAACAAGACCACCUUCCGCGUGGUGGCCCAUUCCAGUGUUUACCGUGUCCUGAAGAGGCCCCAGGAGUUUGUCAACCGGACCCCCGAAACCGUGUUCAUCUUCUGGGGGCCCCCGAACAAGAUGCAGAAGCCCCAGGGCAGCCUUGUGCGCAUCAUCCAGAGGGCAGGCCUGGUGUUCCCCAACAUGGAGGCCUACGCCGUCUCUCCCGGCCGCAUGCGCCAAUUUGAUGACCUCUUCCGGGGUGAGACAGGCAAGGACAGGGAAAAGUCCCACUCGUGGUUGAGCACGGGCUGGUUCACCAUGGUGAUCGCGGUGGAGUUGUGUGACCAUGUGCACGUCUAUGGCAUGGUCCCCCCCGACUACUGCAGCCAGCGGUCCCGCCUGCAGCGCAUGCCCUACCACUACUAUGAGCCCAAGGGGCCAGACGAGUGUGUCACCUACGUGCAGAAUGAGCACAGCCGCAAGGGCAACCACCACCGCUUCAUCACCGAGAAGAGGGUCUUCUCGUCCUGGGCCCAGCUGUACGGGAUCACCUUCUCCCAUCCCUCCUGGACCUAGGCCGCCCUGCCUGUGACCCUCACCAGGGACACCGGAGAAGUGGCUCUUGGCCCAGCCACUCGACCGAGGGCCAUCUCCUGGCCCAUGAAGGCUGGCUGGAGUGUCUUCUGGCCAAUCAGGGCCUUGAAGAGGGUGUGUCCUCCAGCCGGUCAGGGCCUGGGAGACCUCCUGGCCUUCAGGGAUUUGGGCUUCUGUGUGCUUAAUCAGGGGUGUCAGGAAACGUGUUCAAUCAGGGUCUGAGCAUAGUCAAUCAGGGUAUUUCUGAGUAAUAGGAGGCCAAGGACAUGUCCUUUCCCAUGAGGCCUUGGUUCAGAGCCUCAGGAUGGUCCCCAAAUCAUUUCCUAUUGGCUGGGACAGUGGGGUCUUGUUCCAAGGACCUGGGAACUUGGUGUUGGCCCCUCACUUCCCGGAGCCACAAAGAAAGGUUGCAUGAGGAGUGGGAGGUGAAUGGAGGUCACAGGCUGGGGCAGUUGGGGGCUGGAGGGUCCUGGAGGUGGGGGGCCGGUGUCAGUCUUGGCUCUGCCCUGAGUGGCCUUGGACAAUCCCUUGUCCCCCUCUCUGGCAUCCUUCUGCCCGUGUCAGGUUCUAAGUGGAGUCUUCGACCCCCUCCCACCUCUCCCACUACUGCCUUGGGUCCGUCCUCCAUAACACUGGGCCCCGCCGGCCACUACCCCUUGCUGGGGGUCUCAGCUCCCUAGGGCCUGGGGUCCCCUUCCCCACCUCUUCCUGGAGAUGAGGGUAUUUUUGUGCAAACUCUCCCCGGUGAGGCUGUCCACCUGUUGGAGGAGCCUUUGGGGCUGAGACAGGGGGGACCCCAGCCCAACUGAGGUUUCAAGCAGCCCCUUUGCCUGCAGCUGCUGGAGUCACCUGAGUCUCCCUCCAGCUGGGCCUGGGAAAGCUCUCUGGGGGGGCCGGGAGCUGUGUCGCCAGGGUCCUGUCCCCCCUCGUUCUGUAUCAGGCACUUUAUUGCUGGGCCUCAGCGGGGUGGGUUUGCCCCUUGCUCUUCUGAAGCCUGGAAGGGAAGACCAGAGGGCUUCCUGGAGGAGGCUGCGGAAUGGGAGGGGCCAGGUAGAGGAGGAGGAGGCCGGCACAAGCCAUUGCACAUGGGGUGGGGAGUGGGGGCUGGUGACUCCCCCAGACUUGGUUUUGUAAUGAUUUGUACAGGAAUAAAUGCACUUAAGCUCCA